AUGGAGGGUUAUGCACCUGCAUUUGAGGAAGGCACAAAGUCUAAUUGUGGCAGUCUUGGUGAUAUGCAACUGUUAAAUCAAUUCUAUGAUGACCCGAGCGGCUAUACUCUUAACACAAAGCUUGCACUCGCAGUCAAGCCAUUUCGCUUCUCUAUCAACUCAAGCUUCAAUUUGUUGUCUUUGGUUUCGGCUGCUUCGUCCUCUGGGUUCGGCAACGAAAAAAGACACAACCCACCUAGGCGCCCGACUAGCUACCUCCUAGCAUCCUCGCUCCCCCUAGCCACCGCCUAG